UGGUAUCCGGCCCGAACUCCGCCCAGCCCAGCCCAUAUAUCUCUUUCCGCUUCCCCUCCCUCGCCUCCGCUCCGCUGCUUCCGCCUCUCCACGCCAGCACAGCUCCGCGCUCGGUCAACCCCGCGAGAUCCCGGCGCCAUGACGGUCGGCCUCGCGCUCCUCCUCGACCUCGCCUCCCGCGCGCCGCGCUGCGGGGCCUCCUCCGUCUCCGCCCACUCCCACGGCGGGCUCUCCGCCGCCGCCGCUGCCGCGACCGCCGCCGCCGCGCUCUCCGCGUCCGGGGUGCCCCUCUCCGCGCGCCACCUCUUCGGUUUUCCAGGGUUUACCAUUGCUCAUUGUGAUGCUGGUGCAGCUGCUGGAUUGAAUGAUGCUCCCGAUCUUGUUAAUGAUCUCAAUAACAAGAUUCGUGACUCCAUCCAAUAUGCAAGAAAGGAAUACUUCCAAUACCCAGCAAAGGAGUACCCUUUGGAGCUGAAGCCGCUCUUUUCUGCCUUUGGGUUGAAAAAUUUUAGUGUGACAACACUGAGGUCCUUUCUAUUAUAUUAUUUGCCACUCAUCCAACCUAAACCUCAAACUGAUUCUGAUGAUGACGACGACGAUCUGCUUCAUGAUGCUCCUGAAGAGAAGCAUGUGGAUCUGAUUACUCCCUUCCACAAUUCUGUGAAGCAAAUCAUACGUGAGACUUCUAUUGUAACAACCAGAAGAGUAUUGGAAAGAAUUGCAGUUUGUCAUGUUUCACAAAGAACAGCAUGGAAACUUCUCAAAGAUGCUUCAAAAUCAGCAAGGAGGAAAGCUGCAAGGGGGAUGUCAACUCCAGAGUACACAUACUGUGUUGCUAGAACAACUUUCCGAGCACAUGCGCUGGGAGUAGCUGCUGCUUGGGUUGUGCAAUCCAUAAUUGAGGUAUACAGAUGUUUCAUCCGUAAGCCUAGCGAUGACGAAGAAUCAUUUGACGAUAUGGAGAAAUUCAGAUUGUUUGGGAGGAAAAUCUAUGGCAUUACCAUCAAAAGUUGUUUCUCUUUGGUUUUGGCCUCAAUUGGAGCAGGCAUUGGUGCCCUUGUGCAUCCAAGGCAUGGACAGUGGUUUGGUUGUGCUUUAGGAGAUGUGGCAGGACCAGUUGUUGCUAUAAUUAUUUUCGAGAAGAUGCAGCUUCCGCUGUAGUGUCAAAACCCAGGUCUUUGAGCACACUGGUUUUCGCUCCCCUGCGCAAGUCUUUGCCUUCAGUCUGCUCUGUUUGGAGAUCUCCUUUAACCUAACUUGAAAGCUCACAUUUGAUGAAUAACUAGUAGCUUCCUUUUUCCGGCCUUUGGGUGUUCUGAGAUCUUGAGAUUCACUUGAUAAAUUUUGUACUCUGUCUCAGAUUUUGGAAUGAAAAUGAAAUUUAGAUGAA